UCGAAUUUAAUCGAUUCAAGAGGGCUUCUAAGAUCAUCUGGUAUGGGUGCAAUUUGGGGAAAAUCCUGCAAAAAGUGUGGAGAAACGGCAACCAAAGGAGACUACUGCCAAAGGUGUUACGACCAAGAGUUUCCGCUCUGUGAUCACUGCAAAAAGCCCAUGAGUACUUGCGAGGAUAAGGUCGGCAACUGCCACAAGAAGCCAUGCUACAGUGACAAGAGCAACAAAUGUUGCGAAUGUAAUGACACAGCUACCAAAGGUUCUUAUUGCCAAAGUUGUUAUGAGAGAAAGUACCCACCAACCCCCCUCCUUGAAGCACAGGAGACUGCCGGGGGAUUGAGCCUCAAAUUGAAUGUAGGGGCGGCCAGCAACCAGGAAUUCAUGAAGGCGGCUUUUCAAUCCUUUGAAAGGGCAUUGGCUGGGGGAGCGCAGCAAACCAAAGCCAUUACUUGCGGAGAAAAGCAUUCUAUCUCCGACGAACUUGAGGAUGAAUACUACGAUAAAUUCACUGAUUCAUUUCAGAUCUGAUAUGGUUGAUCUAGUUAUGAGGCUUUUUGUUUAGUUCUUUAAUAUCUUUGAUAUCUAAUAUAAAGUCAUUAAGAAAUGGCUCGAGAGCAUGCUAACAAGUAAAGGGCAGAAAACUCACAUUAGUGUACUAGUGUAAAUGAGGUUUAUUUUUUCAGUUGUACUAAUGCUAUAGUAAAACCAAAUAAAGAUCCUUUGUGAGCCGUGGA